GCCCCCAGCAGCCUCGGAAUGCUUAUUAUCUGAAAGCCCGCCUAUUCAGUGUACAUAUGGCCAAGUCUGUGCAGCGGAAAGGGGUAUCCUGGAUAGGAGGCUGCUUCAUUUCUAUCUAUCCCCGAAAUACGUCCCGAAACCACAUUUCAAGAUGGAGAGGAAGAGGCUUCAAGCUAAGAGUGCCGAAUUUGCAGCUUUCGUCGAAAAACAAACAUCAGAUCCGAGUAAACCUAGUUUGAUACCACGUCCGGAGGAUGAGUCGUCCGAUGAAGGCCUCUUGACUGCGGACGAGUCGGAAGAAGAUCUUCCCCCGAAGGGAUCCAAAGCUAAACUUGGUAAACGGAAACCAGCCGUGAAAAAUAAGAAGAAGCGCACAAGAAAGCCGCCGACAUUCGUUAAGCUAUAUGAUUGCAAAGCUCACGAUCAUGCUCAUUUAAAAUCGCAGGGAGUAAAUUUGUAUUCCUUGUUAAUACAAAAGUUGCCUCGCGCGGAAUCACCGGCAAUGGAGCAAGUGAGUAGUAGAGCUACAAUCAGCUGUAAACCUAAAUCACCAACCCCCGUACUCGAUGAUGACGAACUUUGCACAGAGGCGCUCAGAAUCCACGGCUGCAUAUUACCUAUACAGCUCCCGCAGGACGAUGUUGCUGAGGAAGAGCAACAAUCUCCUACUCUUGAAGACGCACAAGAAUACCGAACAUGGAGAAACCAGACCAGACCAUUCUUCAGCGAACGAGACCGGUAUAUGCAGAGCAGAAUCUACCGCGAGGGCGUACGGGAUAAUAAGUUGAUGCAUGCUACUCAAGAACUGAUGGCAUUCUGGGCUAAAAUAACUGCUUGAUGGGAGUGGAG